UUUCAACCAAUCCUGGUCAUUCCAUUGUGUGACUUGUAAUCAUGGCGGAUCGGUACAUCGAUGUUGCCGCCUAUGAAGCCUACGAGGACAGCGAUGGACAGGAGCUAGCGCUGAAGCAACUGGUGAAUGCAUCGGUGGGUGAGGCUUACGACGCGUGGCUGCGCGUGGAGUGGGUCGGUCGCGGCUCGACGUUGAUUCCUGGCGAAGGUCGUGGACUCGUGGGUCACCGCCGGAUCGUCUCGCUGGGAGUCGAGGAACAGAUCAUCUCGGCGGGGCCGCCUGACGGUUCAGAUCGCAUCCCCACCGUGCGCUACAGUAUAAGGAAGAGCGGCCCGCUGCUGCUAAGUGACCACGUGGCAUUUGUACAGUUCGUGGCAGACAGCACAGCGCCCCCCUCCCAGCCCAAGACGCUCAUCCUCUGGAACUCCAAGCUCACACCGUCCACUAUCGGCAGCGUUCUGCUGUGUGGUGGAUCCAUUUCCCGCCUCGUACUCAGGACGGUGUUGUCCAGUUCGCUGAGCGAGAUUGCGGCGUCGUUCCAUUGGAAAAAAAACUAGUUGCCUACACAUGAAAUGUGAGUCAUCGAAAUGUCAACUAAAAAGGAGUGCUGUGAGCUGGGAUACUACGUGUACUGAGGGCAAUAAAGACGCUACCGGUAU